AGUCCUCAGCAUUGCCCUAGUUUUUAUUCACCAUCACCAUGUCAAAGCGAGAAACAAAAGCAGGAAACAUACGGGGAAAGAAAAGGCUGAUUUUCAAGUACGUGUGAAAAAAGAGGGUGCAAUUGUUGAGCUUUGGCUUCAAGAAACUGAAUUCACUAGGUUCAUUGUUGUAGUUAUCAUGUCUCAGUCAAUGGGCUUCGGUCGUGGAUCCAACAGUGGGUUUACCAGCCAAGAGGGUACCCAAUUUGUGCGAACUAAGUACCGAAAAGGGGAGCGCAGUCGGCGUAUGUGGACAACACGUGAAGAAGAUAUAUUGGCUUCUUCUUUGAUUGAGCUGGUCGCUAACGGGUGGAAAUCUGACAAUGGUUUCCGAGCUGGUUAUCUGGGGCGUAUUGAGCAACGUCUGCGCGAGGCAUUCCCCAAUACUGAUAUUACGGCAACCCCCCACAUUAACUCAAAGAUUGGUGCGUGGAAAAAGUUGUACAAGAGUCUUUCUCAAAUUCUAUCGAGGAGUGGUGUGGGCUUCACUGCUGACUUCAAGAUUGAUUGCGAUGACGAGCAGUGGGAGCAAAUCGUCAAGCUUGACAGCAAUGCCAAAACAAUGCGCGAUAAGGCCUGGACUCAUUGGGAUCAGUGGGUGCUCAUAUUUGGGAAAGACCGUGCAAUUGGGACCAAUGCUGAAGAUAUCGUUGAUGCUGCCCGAUCACUCCAGCAGCAAAAUGUUGCUGACAGUGAGAACUACUCAAAUGACUACUAUGUGAACAUGGAAGAUAUACCUCAGGAGGACAACACUCAGCCACGACCAACCCCGACACCUGGGAACUACGAGGAAAGCACUGGGCAGAGUGGAAGCACUCUGCGUACCAGCAACAAAGUUGGAAAUAAGCGCAAAAUAAGCUAUUCUGAUGAUUCAGCUCUAAUGGAGUUCCUUGGUAAGUUACAUGCUGACACUAACACCCGGCUAGAGAUGAUAUCGACUAGGAUCGGCUAUGAGUUUGAUAUCGGAAAGGCGAGGCAGGAAGUAUUUGAUAAACUUGGAAGUGUUGUGGGCUUGACCCUGGCACAGAGGUAUGAUCUUUGCGACAUACUGUGUGAGAAGACGCAACGCCUUGAGAUCUUCAUGGGCAUGCCUGCCGAGUCCAAACUAGGCUACGUGCUCAGGUUUCUAAAUCAGAAUUAGAUCUCGAGGUCAACCAGUUAGCAUGUUGGUGGUCGAUUCCUCCUAACUCUUUUGACAACUAUUUGGUCUGUUAUAAUAUUUUGGCUAGAAGACUCUUUGCGCUUAGUUUGUAAUUUCAGACUCUCACUUGAUGUGUGUUUUGUAUGUGCCCCUUUGUUGCACCUAUUAAGACCAUCCGUCCAACCGGGUCGGACCUUUUUGUAGUGGUGCUUAUGAACCUAUGCAAGGGGAUAAUUAUGUUCAAACUUUUGUGGUUCUGUCUUAUGUUAGUGUAGACUUUGUGCAAAA